UACAGUACAUACCUCUGUGAUAGGGAAGACAUUUUAAAACUCUGUCAUUAACACCCGUUUUACAAACUACAACGAUGGGUAUGGUUGAUCCACAUCUACUGCUACAGACGAUUCUGUACUUUGCUACAUGUCUUAUCGGACUAGUUGUGUGUGUGUCCUUCGGAGUGUCACGGGCUAUAUUCAGUGGGAACUGUCUGAUAUACGCGUCGCUGGAUUGGAACUUAAAAGGAGACCAGUUCACGACAAAAUAUUCCCCGUCAUCCAACUGUGAUUUCCCUAUAUAUCUAUCUGUGUUUGGCUGUAUAUUUUAUGCUCUCGGGGUUGGAUUUUACAACGCUUACGCAACGUACAAAUCACGUGACGACAAGUCCAUCCCGUUCCAGAUGUGGGUGUGGCCGUUUGUUCUGGUAAAUUCCAUAGUGGCCUUCCUAGUGCUGGUCUGUGCCAGUAUGCUCAGUGUCGGUAUAUCUACUAUAUGUUCUGAACUUCGCAAGGGCAAAAUAUACAAAGGAUGCUCAGACGCCCAGGACCAGGAAUGGACGGAUGAUAAUGGCGAUAAUUACAGCACCGGAUAUUUUUAUAACCUUCUAGAAGUGUCCGAGGUAGCCUGUUGGGUCUGUCUGUGUAUAUGGCUAGUCCAAGUGGGAUUGGGGGUGAUGCGAAUCUUUAGGAACCGACGAAUGCGGUCAGAUCUCCACAAGGAUGAAAACCACGACAAAGCUGCCAUCACGAAGAACACCAAGCAAUCAAAGUAUUGAACCAAGCUUUUACUGACAUGAGGUUUCCAAAAUCACGUAGAGUUGCAGUUUUGGCGAUGACGCAUAUAGCUAUAUUCAUCUGGUUCAACGUCACGU